AUGGAGCAACAGUCAAUUAUGCGCUUCUUCGGCGAGAAGAAGAACCAGGCUCCCCCUAGUACACAUAAGAGAAAGAGACUGGGUGAUGAAGAGGAGGUCAAAAAGUUGCAGAAAACAGGAACUGAAGAGGCAAGGAAGAUCUCCAAGACAGAAGCACCCAAGUCGGAGACUCCAGCUGCUGAGCCAAAGUCUGUUAAGGAUAUCAAGGAAGAAGCUGUCGAUACUGACACUGAUAAGGAAGCCCUUCGUGAUAGCGAGUCUCCAUCUGAGAACGGAGACGUUGAGGAUGCUACCAAGCUUGUCAAGUUGUCGGAGAAAACUCAUAUGCAUAAGAAUCUUGAAAAGGGAGGCAAGUUCCCGUAUUCUGCCAUUACAUCUACCCUUGAAAAGAUUGAACAGGAGUCUUCACGUUUGAAGAUCACAGCUCUUGUCUCUGGCUUUUUCCUUGAGACCUUGGAGCAGUAUGGUCUGCCUGAGAAGCUUGUCAAGAUCGUCUACCUUUUCAUCAACCGCUUGGGACCCGAUUACGAACCAGAUCUUGAAUUGGGGUUGGGGGAGACCCUUUUGAUCAAGGCUAUCAGUGAAUGUUACGGAAGAGCACCAGCAAAGAUCAAGAAAGACUACCAUGAGGUAGGUGAUCUUGGCCUUGUUGCACAGAAGUCUCGUUCUGGUCAGCCUACAAUGUUCAAACCAGCUGCUUUGGAUGUGGAUUCCGUCUUUGAGAACCUUACCAAAAUUGCCAAGUCUACUGGUAAGGACUCCCAGUCAAGAAAAAUUGGCAUCAUCAACAAAAUGUUGACAGCUUGUGAUUUGAAAAGCAACGAGGCCAAGUUUCUCAUUAGAUCACUCGAGGGAAAAUUACGAAUUGGUCUUGCUGAAAAGACCGUGCUUGUUGCUUUGGCUCAAGCUCUACUUAAUUAUCAGCACAAGGACAAACGCGUUUCUCCAGAUACAUUAGUUAAAGCAGAAGAUAUAAUAAGAGAGGCCUUUUCGCUUAUCCCCAACUAUGAGAUAAUCAUCAGGCAGAGUUUUGAGCAUGGUGUUAUGAAUCUACUUGACCAUUGCAGCUUGACCCCUGGUAUUCCAUUGAAACCCAUGUUGGCAAAGCCAACGAAAUCUAUUGGUGAGAUCUUGGACAGAUUCCAAGGGGAGGAGUUUACUUGCGAAUAUAAGUAUGACGGUGAGAGAGCUCAAGUACAUCUUUUGAAUGAUGGCACGUUGAGAAUCUACUCCCGUAAUUCCGAAGAUAUGUCAGAGAGAUACCCUGAUUUGGUGGGUAUCACCAAGGACUUUCUCAAAAGGACCGACGACGAUAUGUCUACUGACACGCCGAAAUCGCUUAUCUUGGAUUGCGAGGUGGUUGCGUGGGACAGAGAGGCCAAUAAGAUUCUUCCUUUCCAAGUUCUUUCUACCAGAAAAAGAAAGGAUGUGAGCGAGGGUGAUAUCAAAGUCCACAUUUGUCUUUUUGCAUUCGAUUUGCUUUACCAUAAUGGUGCUUCACUUAUAACCAAAUCCUUGAGUGAAAGGAGGCAAACCUUGUUUGACAACUUUCAAACAAUUGAAGGCAAAUUCCAGUUUGCUACUUACAAAAACUCUUCUGAUCUUAAUGAACUACAAGCAUUCCUAGAUCAAUCUGUCAAAGACUCUUGCGAAGGUUUGAUGGUGAAGAUGCUUCAUGGAAACGAGUCUUACUAUGAACCUUCCAAACGUUCUAGAAACUGGUUGAAGCUUAAGAAAGAUUACUUAAGUGGAGUCGGCGAUUCAUUGGAUCUUGUUGUGGUCGGUGCUUAUAUUGGCAGAGGUAAAAGAACAGGUGGAUAUGGUGGCUUCCUCUUGGCUUCCUACAAUGAUGACACAGGAGAAUACGAAACCACUUGUAAAAUCGGAACAGGGUUUUCUGAAGAGGAUUUGGCCUCUUUGAGUUCCAAGCUUAAGGCUACCGAAAUCUCUGCACCCAAGCCAUUCUACACUUACGAUACAAACAAUUCAAAUGCUGUACCUGAUGUCUGGUUCGAGCCUACGACCGUGUUUGAAGUAUUGACGGCAGAUCUCUCUUUGAGUCCGAUCUAUAAGGCGGCUCAUUCAGAGUAUGGAAAAGGUAUUUCUUUGCGUUUCCCUCGUUUCCUUCGUGUGAGAGAUGACAAGGGAGUUGAAGACGCUACAACUUCUUCGCAGGUAGCUGAAUUCUACGAGCGCCAAGCGAAUGUGAAUUGA